AUGUCUUCGGAAUUCCCGUUAUUCAGACUCCCAUUGAUAGUACUAAAUCAUGGGCUUAAAUUGAUGACUCCAUUCGAAAUAUUAUCUCUGUCAUUAUGCAGUAAACGGUGUAAAACAGUCUGUCAGUCACUUCGAAACCAACUGAAAUGUAAAGAGAAAGCAGUGAAAUUUCAAUUGAAAUUUUCAAAAAAGAGAGAAAUACAAUUGGAAUUCAAUUAUUAUCCAAAUACUCGAUGGAUUUUAUCAAUUUUCCAAAUCAGUGGAAAGGAGGAGAUUGGGUUCUCAAGGAAUGAUUUGUUUAUAACUAAUUGGAUUCCAACUGAAGAAGAUACUCCUCAGGAACAAUUCAGAGAAAACAACUCAAUGGUGAAUCAAUAUCUGAAAGUGUACAUAUCCAAUGACUAUGAUAUAUUUAUCUUGAGAAAGUACAUCAAUCAUCUAUCCUAUAUUUUCAAUAUAACACUGACUGAUCUGGAACUCCAUUUCCAAGACUUUACACGAGAUGAAAACGAAAUAAUAAUCGAUUCAUAUUGUGGAAAUAGAAGAGACACGAAUUGUGUGAAAUCAUUGACAUUGAUUGGAGAAUCAGAAAACACUCCAGAAGAUGAUGAAGUACUGUAUCACAUUCUGAGUCGACAAGUGGCGGAAUGCCAAUUGACACUCGACAUCAAACCAACUUCCAAGUUCUUUUUCUAUGGAGACCGAUUCCGGUACAGUACUGACCGAUUGAUCAUUCGAAAUUCCGACUGGCUCACUUGUGGUGAACUUAGGCGCUUCGAUUCGUUUGCUAUUUGGAUAUACAAUUCAAAAAUACAUCCAUUUAAUAUAGAGUUCAUGAUUGAAAGAUGGUAUUCUGGAUGGACACCAAAAUGGACUCUUGCAAUGAUAGAGCUCAUAUUCAUGAAUAUAGACUUUUGGAUGAACAGAAUUAGAGAAGGAAUCCCAGCUGGAGUAAUGGCAGUCAGAUCUGAAGAAACAGUUGAGGGUCCAGAUGGUCUAUCACACAGAAUCAAAUAUUUUAUUCAACGCAACGAUGGAACAAUUGGAGAGUUUCUCGUGGAAAACAAUAAAUAUCUAUAUAUCAAAGCCAAAAGAAACACUGAUAUUUCACUCUCCACAUUCAUCUCGAUGACCAAAGAAAUGAUCUGA